GCGUGUGACCCCCCCUUUUGGCGACAUUCGUCCGUGCUGAGCCAGCCCUGCCUCUCCCGCCCCGCCACGCGCGCGCUGCCUCCCUCCCCCCCCCCCCCCCCGAUUAUUUUCCUCCCUCCGGACUCUUCCCAGGAUGGCAGCAGCAGCUUCGACGUCGUCCCUGCGCCUGGGCGCGGUGGUGGCUGGGCCGGCUUCGUCUUCAGCAGCCUCUAAAUCCUUGUCAAGGCAGUCGUCGAGGGCACUUCCAUCGUCCUCGUCCCACGCACCGGUGGUCUGUUGCAAACACUCUCCCUCCGCCUCCUCCUCCUCCUCCUCGAAGAUCUCUACCACCUACAAGGGCUUCUUGGCCGCGCGGGGCGUGGUUGAGAAGUUCGGCAAUCUCUUCGACUCGCAGGCCACCCUUCACUCCACCGUCGCUUCCCAGGUCGGGCAGGUCCGUCUUUCUUCUUCCCAGGGCGGUCGUCGGGGAGUUGUCACCAUGGUGAAGAGGAGCGUCGGAGAUUUGACCAAGGCCGACCUUGAGGGCAAGCGCGUGCUCGUGCGCGCUGACUUGAACGUACCCCUCGAUGACAACUUCAACAUCACCGAUGACACCAGGAUUCGCGCCGCCGUCCCCACGGUUAAGUACUUGAUGGAGCGCGGGGCCAAGGUUCUCCUCUCCACCCACUUGGGCAGGCCCAAGGGCGUCACCGAGAAGUAUCGCCUCACCCCUCUGGUGGGCAGGUUGUCCGAGCUCCUCGGCAUCCAGGUGGUCAAGGCUGAUGACUGCGUCGGCGAUGAGGUCGCUAAGAAGGUCGCCGAGAUUCCUAAUGGCGGCGUUGUGCUGUUGGAGAACGUGAGAUUCUACCCUGAGGAGACGAAGAACGACCCGGAGUUCUCGAAGAAGCUGGCGGCGAACGCGGACCUGUACGUCAAUGACGCCUUCGGUACCGCGCACAGGGCUCACAGCUCUACGGAGGGAGUGACCGCCUUCCUCAGGCCGUCGGUCGCUGGCUUCCUUCUACAGAAGGAGCUGGACUACCUCGAGGGCAAGGUCAAGGACCCCGCUCGUCCUUUCGUGGCCAUCGUCGGUGGGUCGAAGGUGUCGUCGAAAAUCGGCGUCAUCGAGUCGCUGCUGGCCAAGUGUGACAAGCUCAUCCUGGGAGGAGGAAUGAUCUUCACCUUCUACAAGGCGCAGGGACUCAAGGUGGGCUCGUCGCUUGUGGAGGAGGACAAGCUGGAGCUGGCGAAGACGUUGAUGGCACAGGCGAAGGAGAAGGGCGUGGAACUCAUGCUCCCCUCCGAUGUCGUGAUCGCGGACAAGUUCUCCCCCGACGCCAACAGCCAGAUUGUGGCGGCCGAUGCCAUUCCCGAUGGCUGGAUGGGUCUGGAUAUUGGCCCAGACUCGACGGCUACGUUCAAUAAGGCCUUGGAGCAAGCGAAGACCGUCAUUUGGAACGGCCCAGCUGGAGUGUUCGAGUUCGAUAAGUUUGCCGUCGGCACGGAAUCCAUAGCCAGGAAGCUCGCUGACUUGGGGAAGAACGGUGUGAUCACCAUUGUGGGGGGAGGAGAUUCCGUCGCGGCUGUGGAGAAGGUUGGCGUGGCUGAGCAGAUCAGCCAUAUCUCCACUGGCGGAGGCGCUAGCUUGGAGCUUCUUGAGGGCAAGGUUCUCCCUGGUGUUGCUGCUCUUGAUGAGGCCCCUGCUCUGGUAUCUUAAAUCGCAUUCUUUCUUUCUUCCCCUCCCCCCAUUUCUCGUCGUUGAAUAGUCGUUAUAGUCCUUCUCCACCGUUGUUCUACCUGUCGUCCUCACACAACACACCGUAGAUAAACCCAACUGUAGCGUCGUAACUUAGUUUUUUUAGCUCUUCUUCCUCUCGUCGCUCUUUAGUUUUUUUAGCUCUUCUUCCUCUCGUCGCUCCGAUCUUUGAAUUGUUAGUUGCCUUGUUCUCUGGACCAUUCUUUCUUCUGCUAUGGGUGUCCUCUCGCCAUCAUAGAUGAUGCGUAGUGUAUUUAACGAUGGACAGGGACGUCUGUAGGGGGCGGGCGGGAAGAAGAUGGGUAAGGCCAUUUGGCGCUCCAUGUGCGGCGGCUGAGGUUGGUGGUGGGGCGCCUCGCCUCACUGAGGCAAGCCUCUGUGCGGUGGCUCCCUACCUACCCCCCUCAACGAUGACUGCGCGUUGGGAUACCAUCUGAAUGUUGAGUACGUACGGCAUUUCAUUCCACGGUUACUUGGUAUCUUUCUGGCGCUGCCUGACGAAUUGCUCGCGUCUGGUCACCUCCCUUUUCGCCCUUCCUCUUUUCUCGUCAUUCCUUUCUCUCCCCUAAUGUCUCUCUGUACGCAAUUCGCAAUGCUGUUAGAUGAGCCUGUGCGGCUAGCACGCGGCUCUCGUGCUUUCGUUCUUAGGUCUCGCAUUCACAUUUUUCUUCAGCGUCCUUUUUGUGUAUCGAGAUUGAUUGAUUGAUUGAUUGAUUAGUGAGUCUGGCUGGAAGCAUACUCUACACGGGGUUUCAAGCUGUCAGCUGUCGCGUGGUUGGGAUAAUGGCCCUCAAAAUCCUGAUGAUGGACUGCGGUUUCCCGCCGUUGAAGUUUCUGCGUUCUUUCGUUGAAGUUUCGAUACCUGGCCGAGGCAGAUUGAAGCCUUAUUCGCCCUCAAGUACGGUCAGUUUUGUAUUGUGGCAGAUGAGUGCUCUGUCAUGCAUUGUAUACGGGCUGGAUAUUGGCUGAUGGAACUCUGUGCAUUGUAUACGGACUGGAUAUUGGUUGAUGGGACUGGGAGAGCGAGGUCGAAGUUGGUUCGUUUAGGUUUUGGUGGGGACCGCUUCGAUCGUUGAGUGGGGAAGAGAGGGAAGCGUGGGUGAAGACGAAAAGGGGGAGGAAGAGCGAGGGAGGUGGGGUUUUUGCUCCGUUCGUCUCUACCACGCCGCCCGGUGAAAUAAGGAAAGUGAGGGUUGUGCUCUACUUGUUUGAUUGCCACUGCCUUCAGGUCGUAGGCUAGGUAUUUUGCUCUCAGGCGCUGAGAUUGCUACUGAUGGUUUGGGAUUGCUAUGCAGAAAUCUAAGAGAUGUGAGGGACUAUUGUCGACUAACAUUGGAUGCGCGCUCUCGUUAUCGGAUUUCGAAAGAAAGGUGAUGGUUGCCAUGCUCUACCUCGGGUGUGGGUGGGUAGCUAAUGGUCUCGCUUGGAUCUCACAUGUGUUGAUGUUCCAGCCUUGGGCACUGGGCCCGCGAAUUGAACGGUUGGAAAGCCAGAAAGGUAAAGAGGGAGUCGGUUUGUGUAUUAAGCCAGCUGGGGGGUGCGACUAGAACGGGCAUGACUGUCUCUAUUCCCACGAACAGAGCUCCCCAUCAUCAUGAAUGUAUACGAACCCUUUUCAGGUCCAAAUACCGUUAUGAUGGGGCGGUAUGUGCGGGGAAGGUAGCAUGUGCGUCUGCUCUUAAAGGGUGCAAUUC